CUGUUUAACUUCACAUAAUUGGAACGCAUAAAAAUGUAUCGAAUUAUAGCUUUGACUUUGCUUAUACAGCAAUUAGCUUUGGUAAACGCUUCGGAAUACAGCACCAAGGUGGAGUACAAGGUUUUAAGUACAGUGCCUGCACAAUAUCAUGACAGGCUAUUACCGUUUAAGGCUAUUGGACGAAGCUUUUAUUAUUUGCCUGAAAUCAAUGAGACGGAGCUUAAUUGGCAUCAAGCUGUACAGAAAUGUCGUCAACUGGGCGGUCACUUAAUAAAUUUGCAAAACAAAAACGAAAGCUUGCUAAUUGGCACGAAACUGGAGAAGCAGAAAAGCUAUUGGACUGAUCUUAGCAAUCUGGGACAGACGGAUUAUUACUCUAUUUCAACUGGCUUGCCGGCUACAAAUAGAAAUUGGUUGGGAGAUGAUGCUGAUGAGCAGUUGGAUGAACACAAACAAUAUUGUGUGCAAUUGACACAUGACUAUGAGGAGGGGUUUGUAAUGAGAAGGUCACGCUGCCAGGAUCAGGCAAGUUAUAUAUGCCAGCUAUUGUCGGCGCGCAGCAUUUCCAUUGUGGUUUGGUGA